AUGCGAACGGGUACUUCAACUAUGACCUAUUCACCAUUUCGUGCUAUACUGCUGUUUUCUCUCGCAGUAUCAACCCAUGCCCAGACCUCUGCCAUAAAUGAUUUAAUACGGGAUGAUGCCAGGCUGGUUGGCCCAGGAGUACGACUUCGUUUGACGCCUAUGGGUACAGCUUAUGUGACCGGUACGGUGGCCAGAAUGCUCGUUCCAGAAGUUGCCCUUGCUAAAAUUCCAUCUGAGGCGAGAACGGCAACGUGUGGCCGCAAAUGGAUCAGGACACGUCGACGGCGUCCCUCUCACUGGAGGUCUGGAGAUUCGGUACAAGCUCGAUUCCAGAUGGAAGUGGCCGUUGAAGUUAAAAGAAACACUCGGGGAUAUCCCGGUCUCAGGGAUGCGGUGUCAAGAGAUGGGCAUACACUCUUCCAAAACUUGAUUUGCCCACGGAUCGUAUUCUUGAUCGAGAAAAGAUGUUUCCGUUUAGUUGUUAUCAUCUACGUGCCUCUAUUUACUAAAUCAAUCAACGAUUCGGCCUGCUCUCUUCCUCGCAUUGCUCUUGGCGAUUUGAGUAACUUCGAUCUUGUCAAAAGCAUUCUGGCCUCGCAGCAACAACUGCGCAGAAGAAGCAUCAGGUAG